AUGGCUUCCAAUGGAAGAAUUCUUCCUCAUCAAACCCAAGUGUUGGUGGUUCUGAUACCUUUCCCUGCACAAGGCCAUCUCAAUCAGCUUCUGCAUCUCUCAAACCUAUUCUUGGCACAAAACAUACCAGUCCAUUAUGUUGGCACUGUCACGCACAUUCGCCAAGCAACACUUAGACACCACAACUCUACUUCAAACAUUCAUUUCCAUGCCUUUGAAGUUCCACCCUUUGUUUCUCCUCCUCCUAACCCUAGCAAUCCAGAAAAUGAUUUUCCAUCUCAUCUCAUUCCUUCCUUUGAGGCCUCAACACAACUUCGGGAGCCUGUGGGAAAGCUUCUUCAAUCCCUCUCAUCUCAAGCCAAAAGGGUCAUAAUCAUCCAUGAUUCCCUCAUGGCAUCAGUGGCACAAGAUGCAACAAACAUGCCUAACGUUGAGAAUUACACUUUCCACAGCACAUCUGCCUUUACCACCUUUGUUUCCUUCUGGGAGAGAAUGGGAAAGCCUCCACUUGAAGGUUUCCGUGUCCCAGAAUUUCCUAUUUUUGAAGGAUGCUUCGCGGCCCAAUUCGUUGGUUUCAUUAUCGCACAAUAUGAAUUACUCAAAUUCAACGAUGGAAAUAUAUACAACACAAGUAGGGUGAUCGAAGAUCCUUUUCUUGAGUUGCUGGAGCGUAAUGGGGGCAAGAAGGUUUGGGCACUUGGCCCAUUCAACCCUUUAGCCAUUGAGAAGAAAGAUUCAAUAGGAUUUAGGCACUCGUGCAUGGAGUGGCUUGAUAAACAAGAGCAAAGUUCAGUCAUAUAUAUAUCCUUCGGGACCACAACAGCUUUGACAGAUGAACAGAUCCAACAGCUAGCAAUUGGGUUGGAGCAAAGCAAGCAGAAGUUCAUCUGGGUGCUGAGAGAUGCUGAUAAAGGGGACAUCUUUGAUGAAAACGAAGCAAAAAGACUUGAUCUUCCAAAUGGGUUUGAGGAGAGAAUGGAAGGCAAGGGGCUGAUUGUGAGGGAUUGGGCACCCCAAUUGGAAAUUCUGAGCCACAAUUCAACAGGGGGGUUUAUGAGUCAUUGUGGAUGGAACUCGUGCUUGGAGAGCAUAACCAUGGGAGUGCCAAUAGCAGCAUGGCCAAUGCACUCUGACCAGCCAAAAAACGCAGCUCUCAUCACAAAUGUGCUGAAGGUUGGUUUGGUUGUGAAGGAUUGGGCACAAAGGAAGGCAUUGGUGACUGCAUCAGAUAUUGAGAAUUGUGUGAGAAGGUUGAUGCAAACAAAGGAAGGUGAUGAGAUGCGAGAGAGAGCAGCGAGGCUUAAAAAUGCAAUCCAUAAGUCCACGGAAGAAGGUGGAGUUUCUCGCAUGGAAAUGGAUUCUUUCAUUGCUCACAUCACUAAAUAGUCUUAUGUCAUUUCAUGUUGUUCUUCCUUCUUGAAUAUGUUAGAGUAACAUUUCUAGAAGUGCUCACUCCUUCAAACAUUUUCAGAGAAUCAAAUUCAGAUUCUGAUGUGUUUAAGCUAUGAAUGGUUAGAAUGUGUAUGUUAUAGAUAUUAGAUUGAUUUCAGUUA